AGAGGGUAGAGAAUGAGACAAAGAAAUACACAAAAAAAGGAUUUUGGUAGAAUAGAAUAAAGCCUACAACCUUUCCUCCCAACUCAUUAUUUGAUUCUUGACAAAAUCAUUCAUGUAAAGAAAACCCUCAACUAGAAAGAGAAAAAGCUCUCCUUUCUUUCUUUCCCCUCUUUUCAAACCCUAAUUAACUUUUUUAAUUUCCAAUCCCAGAAGUGAUAGUUCUUGAAUUUGAUACUUGAAUAGUUUCAUUUUAAUAGUUUAGUGUAAAUCUUCACAAUCAAUUUUGAAGGGCUCUUCUGCUUUUGUGCUUUGUUCUAACAAACCACAAUUCAACUGAAGAAAGAAAAUAGAAAAAUGGAAACAGGUGAAGUGGGAUCGGUGGGUGCAGCAGAUACAAGAGGGAAGCACAGGAUUUCUGCUCAAUUGAAGAGGCUCGAGCAGGAAUUUCGAUUCUUGGAGGAAGAACUCGAACAGCUCGAGAAAAUGGAGAAAGCGUCCGCCGCUUGCAAGGAGAUGCUGAUUAACAUCGAAACGAGACCAGAACCACUGCUUCCAGUAACUAUUGGUCCGAUAAAUCCUAUGUGGGACAGAUGGUUUGAAGGGCCACAAGAGUCUACGAAAUGCAGGUGCUGGAUACUAUGAUCGGAUUUUCAAGAAUUCUUCUUCCCUUUUUUUUCUUCGUUUCAAGUGGAGGUGAAAACAGACGGUGUUCGACGAAAUGCCAACAUCGAGGGCGGCGUUCGAAUUAGCAUAUGUUCGGAAAUUUUAUUAAAUUUAAAAAAAAAAAAAGAAAUGAUGGAAUUUUUAAAGUAAAUUGGUCUCCUGAAAAAUUUUGAGACACAAGAAUUAUUGCCUUUUAUUGAAUAUUAGGGUGUUGUUAUUAUAUAUUUAUUUUUUUAUUAUUUUCGAUUAUCCGUUGAUUGCUUUUCCGGUAAGUACCCUGGUUACGUACAUUUUAAAUUCAGUCACAUCGCCGGUGAGGGAUUA